GGGGGGGGGAGGGAUCGCGGCGCUUCGAGGCGGCGGCGACGGAGCGCGGCGGGAGCGGCGGUGAGGCCGAGGGGACCGGCCGCGGCUGCCGAGGUCCCGGGACGGUGCCCGUGCGAGGGCCCAGACGCCGCCCGCUCGCCUUGAGCCGCCGCCGCUCGGCUUUUCCUUUGUAUUUUUGUUACCCGGCAGCGUUUUGUGGAAGCGGCCAAUCGCGGGGCGAGAGCGCGUCUGAUCGACGGCGGCGCCGGCCAAUCGGGAGCGCCAGCUCCGGCUCUGGACGACGCCCAUUGGCGGGCUGGACGGAGAGCCCGCGCCAAUCGCCGAGGAGACUGGAAUGCCGGAGGCCUGGAGCCGGGUGACGCAGUGAGAGGCCCCGCCAUGGAGUUCCCGGAGCACGGCCGCCUGCUGCUGCAGAGCCUCCGCGACCAGAGGCGCCAGGGCUUCCUGUGCGACUGCACGGUGCUGGUGGGCCCGGCGCACUUCCAGGCUCACCGGGCCGUCCUCGCCGCCUUCAGCACCUACUUCCACCUCUUCUACAAGGAGGAGGCGGCGGCGGCGGCGGCGGGCAAGCGCGACGUGGUGGAGCUGGACGACGAGAUCGUCACGGCUCCCGCCUUCUCCCUGCUGCUCGAGUUCAUGUACGAGGGCCGCCUGCGCUUCUGCGGGGCCCCCACCGAGGACGUGCUGGCCGCCGCCAGCUUCCUGCACAUGAACGACAUCGUCAAGGUGUGCAAGGGCCGGCUCAAGGCCCGGGCCCUGGCCGAGGCCGACAGCACCAGGAAGGAGGACGAGGCCCUGGCGGCGGGAGGAGGAGGAGGCCCGGCCGCCGGCACGUCCCGCCUCGGCCUCUCCUACAUCCCCGCCGCCCGCCUCCCACCCCCCGAGCCGGCCCAAGGAGCGGCCCCGCAACCGGCCCACGGCGGAGGAGGGAACCAGCAGCAGCAGCAGCACCACCACCACCCCGAGCCGGGCCAGUGGCCCCCCGAGCCCGCCGACACCACCCAACCCGGCAUGGAGACCGAGGCCAAGGUGGAGAACCUGCUGGCCAGUCCCUGCUCGUCCACUGACGGGGUCGGACGCGCACUCGAGGCCGGAGGCGGGAGCUGGCAAGGCGAGGCCGAGGCCGGAGGGCCCGGGGCCUGCUCGUCCCCGCUGCCACCCGGCUGCUUGGCCCGGCUGCAGGCUCCCGGCGCCGGGGAAGGGGCCGGGGCCGGGGCAGGGGCCGGCGCGGCGGCGGACGAGGAGGAAGGGGAGGAGGGCGAGCUGAUCACCGUCAAGGUGGAGGACGACCUCUUCUCCGACGACGAGCAGGCCGAGGAGCCGGGGCCUCGGUUAGACGACGUCUUCCAAGCGCCGGAGGCCCAACCACCGCCGCCACCAGCCACCGGUCACAUCGUCAUCUCGGACGAGGACGAGAUGCCCCCGGAGGAGGACGCUUACCCGGGCCCGGGGCUCUACUGCAGCGGCGGGCUGCCGUCCGAGGGCAAGGCCUACGGCGAGAUGACCAGCCCCGGGCCCCUCUCCCUCUCGGCCAAGCUCUACUUCCAGGACCUGCCGCCUCCUCCGCCGGGCUCCGAGGACGAGCUGCCCACCUGCGUGGCCUGCGGCAAGACCUUCUCCUGCACCUACAGCCUGAAGCGCCACGCCCUGGUGCACACCCGGGAGAGGCCGCACAGCUGCCGCUUCUGCCUGCGCCGCUACUCGCAGUCCGGGGACCUCUACCGCCACAUGCGGACUUGAUGGGCCGAAUGGUCUGUUUCCGUGCUCUCUGGAAUUCUCCACGCGAGAGACCCAACGACGUUCAAGCAUCCAGUGCCGAGAUGAAUGGAUGUUUGGACACUAAAGGAAUACAGGAUGAUGGGGCAUCAGGACACAAUCAUUCCGAUGUAUUAGCCUUGCCCUUAAUUACAGACCAGACGCAGCUGCCACUUCUUCUGUUCCUGAAAUUACUUAACCGCAGCCCUGCCUCUGGCACUCAGAGUGUGCCAAGCACAUGCAGAGUUGUGUUAAUCUGCAAUAAUAAAUACAUUGAUUCAUAAUAGGUUCAUGUUUAAAGUCUACAUUUAUGACAAUGUAACAGUGCAAAUAGGACAGUAUUAAUGUAAACCAGGUAAUGUGUCCACUAAUGUUAACACUGACAAUUUGCUACUCUGUCUAAUGACAGCAAGUACAGUUUGACGAAUCUGUCAGAAAAACAAUCCAUUCUGUCUUUGCCCCUUUAACAGCUCAGUGCUGUUCUUUUACGGUCGCUUCACCCGGCCUGCUCGCACGCGAUCUCUAAUUGGUUUGGGUGGGCAGAGGAUCGUGGGGAUUGUAGUCCAAGUCAUUUGCUUUCAUAAGGAGAGGCAGUGCAUGUUCCUCACCUUGUUGUGGUCUGUGAGCCCCCCGAGAGAGCGGCAGGGUGACAGAUCCCGGUAAGGACAAUGAGUUACAAUGUCCAACUUUAGAGUAUGACCCAGCCAUCAAAUGUCAUAGUGAGAAUCACAGACAUGUCCUGAAAUGUGUUGUUUAGUGGCAGCAGUACAGUGCAAGACAUAAAAACUACUACAAGUUACAAUGAAUAAAUAAAUAUUGCAAAAGAGGGAUAAUGAGGUGGUGUUCAUGGACCGUUCAGAAAUCUGAUGGCGGAGGGGAAGAAGCUGUUCCUAAAUCUAAUAAGGUCCUAACAAGGUCUUCAGGCUCCUGUACCUCCUCCCCGAUGGUAGUAACAAGAAGAGGGCAUGUCCCGGAUGGUGAGGGUCCUUAGUGACGGAUGCUGCCUUCUUGAGGCACCGCCUCUUGAUGUCCUCGAUGGUGGGGAGGGUUGUGCCUGUGAUGGAGCUGGCUGAGUCUACAACCCUCUGCAGCCUCUUGCGAUCCUGCACAUUGGAGCCUCCAUACCAGGUGGUGAUGCAACCAGUCAGAAUGCUCUCUGCCGUCCAUCUGUAGAAAUUUGCAGGACUCUUUGGUGACAUACCAAAUCUUAUAGAUUCUUACAGCAUGGAAACAGGACCUUCAGCCCAAGUCAUCCAUGCCAACUAUGUUGCCCAGCGAGCUAGUCUCAUCUGCUUGCGUUUGGCCCAUAGCCCUCUAAACCUCUCCUAUCCAUGGACUUAUCCAGAUGGCUUGUAAACGUUGCUAAUGUGCCCACCUCAACCACUAUUUCUGGCAGCUCGUUCCAAAUACGCACCACCCUUUGCGUGAAGAAGCUGCCCCUGAUGUCCUUUUUAAAUCUCUCGCCUCUGAUCUUAAACCUCUGCCCUCUUGUUUUUAAGCACCCCCUUCCCUGGGAAAAAGACUCUCUGCUUUGGCCCUGUCUAUGCCCUUCAUGAUCUUAUACACCUCUAUCAGGUCACCCCUCAAUCUCCUACGUUCCAGGGAAUAAAGUCCUCGUCUACGCAACCUCUCCUUGUAUCUCGCAACAUCCUGGUAAAUCUUUUCUAGUUUAAGAACAUCUUUCCUAUAACAGUGUGGACAAAAUACUCCAAGUGCAGCCUUACCAAUGUCUUAUACAACUGGAUCACAAUUUCCUAACGCCUAUACUCAGUGCCCAGACUGACGAAGGCCAGUGUGCCAAACACCUUCACCACCCUGUCUACCUGUGACACCGCUUUCAGUGAACUAUGCACUUGCACUCCUAAGUCCCUCUGUUCCUUGACACUCCCCAGGGCCUCACCAUUCACUGUGCAAGUCCUACCCUGGUUUGAUCUCCCAAAAUGCAGCACCUCACAUUUGUCUGGAUUGAAAGCCAUUUGCAAAUCCUCAGCCCAUGUACCCAGCUGAUCAAGAUCCCCCUGUAUAUUUUCAUAACCUUCUACACUGUCUACACCACCACCUAUUUUAGUAUCAUCCACAAACUUACAGGAAUGUGUCUCGAUUAAGAUGGCUUGAACAAAGGACUUGGACAGGUUGGGAGAAUGGGUAAAGAAGUGUCAGAUGGAAUACAGCGUAGGGAAGUGUACGGUCACGCACUUUGGUAGAAGGAAUAAAGGUGGUGACUAUUUUCUAAAUGGGGAGAGAAUUCAGAAAUCGGAGGUGUAAAGGGACUUGGGAGUCCUACUGCAGGGUUCCCUGAAGGUUAACUUGCAGGUUGAGUCGCUAGUAAGGAAGGCAAAUGCAAUGUUUGCAUUCAUUUCCAGAGGACUAGAAUAUAAAAGCAAGGAUGUAAUGCUGAGGCUUUAUAAGGCACUGGUCAGACCACAUUUGGAGUAUUGUGAGCAGUUUUGGGCCCCAUAUCUAAGGAAGGAUGUGCUGGCAUUGGAGAGGGUCCAGAGGAGGUUUUUGAGAAUGACCCCGGGAAUGAAAGGGUUAACGUAUGAGGAACAUUUGAUGGUUCUGGGCCUGUACUCUCUGGAGUUCAGAAGGAUGAGGGAGGAUCUCAUUGAAACCUACUGAAUAUUGAAAGCCCUGGAUAAGAGUGGACAUGGAGAGGAUGUUUCCAUCAGUGGGAGAGUCCAGGACCAGAGGGCACAGCCUCAGGAUAAAGGGACGUCCCUUUAGAACAUAGAUGAGGAGGAAUUUCUUCAGCCAGACGGUGGUGAAUCUGUGGAAUUCAUUGCCACAGACGGCUAUGAAGACCAAGUCAUUGGGUGUAUUUAAAGCGGAGGUUGAUAGGUUCUUGAUUAGAAAGGGCGUCAAAGGUUACGGGGAGAAGGCAGGAGAAUGGGGUUGAGAGGGAAAAAUAAAUCAGCCACGAUCGAAUGGCAGAGCAAACUCAAUGGGCCAAAUGGCCUAAUUCUGCUCCUGUGUCUUAUGGUUGGAGAACAGGCGGAGGGAUUUCAAACCAACCCAGACUGCUGUUUGCAAUCCAACAGCGUUCAAAAUUCUCUCUCUGAAACCCUUAAGGUAACCCCACCGAGCCUUUCUGAGCAGCUCCCUUCCUCUACAGACUCCCAGCUCGAUUGCAGAUGUUUGGCGUAGGUCCAAGCUGCUGGAUUUCAUUCUGAACCCUUAUCUCAGCGGCAUUCGAUGGGGCCAGGGUGCCUCCUGCCUGUGACCCGGAGCAACAUCCACACUGCUGCCACCUCAGAGAGUCACACAGCACAGAAACAGGCCCUUCCACCCAUCGAGUCCAUACAACCAUCAACCACCCAGUUACACCGAUCUCGUCUUAUUCUCCCCACGUUCGAUCAACCAACCCCAGAUUCUACCCUUCAACACACUGGGGGGACAAUUAACCCACUGACCCUGCACGUCAUUGGGAUGUGGGAGGGAACCAGAGCCACCCAAGGGAAACCCAUGUGGUCGCAGGGAGAAUGUGUAAACUCCACAGAGACAGCACUGGAGUUUGGGAUCAAAGCCCCUGGGUCUCUGGGAGAUAUCCAAUGAGGAAGCAAAAUUGAUUGGGGGGGGGGG